AUGGCGGCGGCUCAGGGACCUGCGGACCCCUCUUCGCCAGAACAGAUGUCGUGGAGGAUGAUCAGCCAGCCCACCCACACAGCUGUGGAAGGCACGUCCCGUAGCCUGCAUCCUGCUGGGCCUGGGGAAGUGUGGGCACAGGGCGAGGCAAUCCCCACCCUGGAGAUCACCCAUGAGGCCCAUGACGACCAGUCAGAGAACGGUGCCGUGCCCAGCGAGGCCAUCGAGAAGGACCACAGCCUCCAACAGGGCAACUGGCGCAACCAGAUCCAGCUUGUCCUGACACACGUGGGUUAUGCUGUGGGCCUGAGCAGUGUCUGGCGCUUCCCAUACAUCUGCUGUCACAACUGGGGCGGUACACAGUGGGCCCAGGGCAGGGACCACCUACGUGGAUAG